AACAAAUCGGCACUUGUAAAAUUUUCAUUUUGAUGGUUAGGAAAGAGGUUUUUUGAAAGAGGAUUAUUACGCAUUCAAAAAUCGCGCUAAAAUAUAGUUAAGAAAAUCUGGCAACGUCGGUAUCGCUUGGGCGGCUUGGGAUAAUUAGCCUUUCAUCUGAGUCUGACCUUAGUCUGACCUUAAUAACAAGAUUCUUCAUCAAUUCAAUCGCAUACUAGAAAUACUUAAAAUAGAAUCAUCAAAACAACUAUUAGUGUGAGUUUGCAGUACCUGUUUUCAUUGACUUUAAUCAAUUUAAUAGGUAGGUAUUUAUAGUCGAAAGUCGAAGGUUUUAAUAAUUCAGUCAAUUUACACACACAUUUAGUUGAUACCACACGACACUCAACUUCAUUGUUUUAUCGACUCAUAAAAAUAGUAUUCCACAAUGAAUACCGAAAAGUUGUAUUUACCUAUUAAACGUGAAUUGUUGGAGUUUUAUGUUUUUUGGGUGGCAAUCCUAUUGUCCAAGUACUUAGUGAUGAUUGCCCAGGUGGGCAUAUCCAGAGCAUACUUCAAGGUACCACUAAAUGAAGAAGAUGGUAAAGUUCUACGAGGUAAAGUACGUGCGCAUGAAGCUGUAGACCGAAAUAGAAGAGCACACCUCAACGAUUUGGAAAAUAUACCGUUCUUCAUCAUCAUUAGUUUCUUGUAUCUACUAACAGAUCCUUCAGUGGGUUCAACUAAACUGAUUAUAAGAAUAUACGUAUUGUCAAGAAUUCUAUAUACGUUUACAUAUACGAUUUUGAAGUCUGCUAUAAGAAUUCCCAUGUUUCAAUUAGGCAUACUUAUAAAUUCAUAUUUAACGCUAAAAGUUAUAUAUCAUUUUAGUUAAUAAAUACUUUUAGUAAAAAAUA